GGGCGACGGCGUCUGCUCUGACCUUGAGGUCGUGCUAUCAGUAUCGCGCAUGCUUAUCGUAGCUGCUUUCGUGGUUAGCCAAAGAUCCGUCGUCUGAAAAGUUUCUUGUAGUGCAAACUCGUCGCGGAGUAACCGAGGAGCGCAAACAUGCCCAUCUGUUUUCUCAAGACCAACCUCCUGGCCACCAAGAUUCCGGCCGGGUUCCACGUGAAAUUCGUGCAACUCAUAGCGUCCGUGCUCAAAAAGGAUAUCGAGAAAAUCACGCUGGUCGUCGAGCCGGGCUUGGACAUUUCCCGUGGCGGUAGCAUGGAACCGAACUGUCUCUGCACCAUCCACUCCAUCAACGUGUUCAGUCCGGAGAAAAACAAGGAGUACGGCUCUCAGAUCAGGGACUUUAUCGCCGAAAAUUUGGCACUGCCGCAGCAAAGGAUCGUUAUCGCCCUGCACGAUCUAACUCCAACCGAUCUUGCCUAAAGAAAAGCGAUGAAGAUGCAAGAUGUACUAUGUAAAACGUAAUGUUGACUACAACUAGCGGGGGCCUUGAGUUUUCAAACAAAGAAAUAAAUUCUCUGUUUUUCAGUAAAAAAAAAA